AUUACGAUAAUAUUAUAAUAGCAAUUAUUGUAGGAAUACAAUGAUAAGUGAAAAGUGAUCGAACAAAAAAAAAAAAAACUAUUAUUUAAACGUAAAUAAAAAUGUUCGAAAAUUAUUUUUUUUAAAAUAACACAAACACUUGAACACAGUCCUCCCGCUCUUACUUUUCAUAGUAUUUGAUUUUUUUCAGUUCAAACUACUAUUACUUAAUUAUAAAUGCAUAAAAACAACGGCAUCAAACAGAUAACUUUGUUGUGUUUUUACUGUUGAUAAUAAAGUCGACGGAAAUAAUAUUAUUGCGCAAUAUGGAAUGAAUUCGAAACUUCCGUCAUGUGUUGUACCGCACGAAACCAUUGCAUGUUUCAUUUUUUAGAUUCGGAAUGUAGCGAGCAUUGGUAUUACAAUGAUGUUUAUUGUUUUUUUUUUUUUAUACUGUGAACAACUUUUCUACCAGCAAUCUUAAUCCGGUGUAUCAAGUAUAGUACCUUUUAUGGAAGGAUAUUGCCGGUAGGAGAGUUAUAAAAAGAUAAAAAAAAAAAAAAAAUUCGAGCGCGUGUAGGAUUUUGUAUACAUUUCAUUUUUUUUUUUUUAAUGCAAUAUUAUUAUCACUCCGGCUAUCGGCGUCGUUUACCCGUCGGCCUUAUCAAAUACCGCAGUAAAAAUAUUAUCGGUCUAACAUACGGCCCGGACGGCAACCGAAAGAUCGCCGGGUAUGCGGCCGCGGUCGUUAAUAAUUCGCGCGUCUGCCGCGCGGGCUUAAAACAGCUGCUGACCGGCCACCGUCUAUAAUAGCCGUUUACCGCGUGAAAUCCGUUCGGGAGCACGUGCCGGAUAACGCCGACUGAAUUAUUAUUAUUAUUAUUACUAUACGCGGCCGUCCGAAUCAAUAUAUCUAUUUUUAUAGAACAAUAAUGACGUAUAAACUGCAGUACACGCGGAUCGCCCCGCAACGUGUGCCGUCGCAGUUUUACUACGAUACACUCUAUACGUUCGCAUAUAUUGUUGUACACAGUCGCGCCAGUGUAAUAUUUACUCAGGAGCGCGAAACCGACAAACUCUCACUCCCCUGCGCGGCGGCGCUGAUAAAUAACAAACACGCGGACCGCCGCCGCCGCCACUGUACGUGGCCGGUGGAGUCGCGAGCGUUUCCGAAAACCGGGUGGGGGGCGCGACACGCCGAGGGUGACACCUCCUCCUACUAUUCUUCCCUCUCCUCCCCCCCCCCGGCGGCGGUGACACCGUACAAUAGGAGAGACGCGAAUAAUUCUAUUUUUCGAGUUCAUUGUGUGCGUUUUUUUCCCCCCCGGUCCGCGUACGGAUCUCCCUAAAUUUUCGGCCGACGGACCCGACCGCCGGCUGGAGGGUCACCCACCGACGCGUACGCGCGCGCUUCCAGCAGGGUUCUGAUUUAUAGGUUAGUCGGUUUUCGGUACCCGGCCCGGUACGACGAACACUCCGACUGUAUUAUACGAGACUGCCCGACGCACCAUGUCCGCGUACCACUGGGAUCAACUGCGUCCGGACGCGCACCACCACCGACCACAGCCCAAUAAUAACCAGCAGCAUGAGCAGCUUGCCGUCUCCGAACCUCUACCGGCGGAAGGCAAAGGUGAGUUUUGCGACUUUGCAUACGAUCGCUAUACGUUUGUAUGCUUGUACACUUGUGGGACCGUUUCGGUCGCGUAUCAAGGCGUAUUGUUCACGUGCGCGCGCGCUCGUAUGUUUAAGGUGGCAACAAGAGGUCCAGGCAAACGUACUCCAAGUACCAGACGGCCGUGCUGGAAACGGUGUUCCAGACGUCCAAGUACAUCGUGCGGAGCAAGCGCCAGCAGAUGUCGGUCGAGCUGAACCUCACCGAGCGGCAGAUCAAGAUUUGGUUCCAAAAUCGGCGGAUGAAGGAGAAAAAGUGCAGCCACAAAGACGCCGUAGUCGCCCGGGCCGACGGACUCGCGGGCCUUGCGACGACGGCCGCGGGCUACGCGAACGACUACGCCACCGCCGGCGGCGGCGCCUAUCUCGGCAACUGCCAACCGUCGCACGGUGGCGGCCGGGACGACGUUUUCGCCGAUUACGACGACCGUCUUCCCGUGUCCAAACACCUGCGGGACGACGUCGGUCACGCCGCGGCCGCCGCCAGUUACGCCGGCUGCGGCAGUGGCGGCUACGAUUUGCCCGAAAUCGACCCGUACGGCGUGAUGGUGCAGGCCAAGGAACAAUGGUCUCCCGUCGACUUUCGUCAAGACUUUUACAACGGAGUCGUGAGUAUAUUUUAUGAUAUACGUAUAGUCGUUCAAUAAUUACGUCCGAAAUUGUCUUGUAUAAAAAAUGCCCACCACGACGACGUUGCCCGUGAAAACAUAAAUAAUCUCGUUUUUUUUUUUUUAGAUUUUGAGUGGAGCGAGGAACGUAUUGGUUUCACAAUGAUAUUUAUUUAGUUUUUUAUGUGAACACUUUUUCUAUCAGAAAGCUUACUCCGAUAGCAACAUUUCCAAAAGGCAGUGUUCUCUGGGUGGUACUUUAGAGGGGUCGUUCUUUUGAAUUCUCAUUAAUAUUCGAGAUAAUGACGAAAACCUGGUUCUUUAGGUUAAAAAAUAUUGAAAGAUUAAUAAUUAGCAACCGUCUAUAUUUAUUUUUCGUUAUCAUUAAAAGUAUUUUUUAUUUUAAAUCUUUUUCAACAACCAUUGUUGUCAUGAAAACCCACAUUGUUGUAAUCAUUUUACCAUAAUAUGACAUAUACAUAUAUUUGUUGACAAAGCAACACUAUAUCAACUGAACUCCGCUCAGAAUCGUUUUUUCGUUAGCAAUGGUUUAUUGUUACUUACAGAUAUACAUUAAAUUCCCGUCUGUAUCUUACCUUCCCAACUUCUCAUCUACCACAGUGGCUGCACCCAUGCGCGAAGUAUAUGCCUGUUAUUUUUUUUUAUUUUUACUUUUUAUUUUACAUUCGGAGCAUAACGAGAAAUGUGUUGGUGUCGCCUUUUUUUUGAAACGAAAUUUCAUCCGGUUAUGGUACUUUAAGGGGGCCGUGUUUUGUUUUUCGAUUUUCGUAUAAUAAUCGGGAAAAUAUAUGUAGGUACACGUGUACAAAAUAAAUUUCGCAUCAAAUUUUCUUCUAUAUCCAACCUUUCCAACUUCUCACCUACAACAGCGGCCCACCCAAUCCAACCUAACUGAGGUAAACCGUAAAUCAAUAAAUAUAAUUAGAUUUUCGUACCAAAAGUAUCAAUAACCCCGCGUCAGCUCCCCUUUAAACGUUGCAUUCGAAAGAGAAGGGGGAGGAGCCUAUAUGUUAUUCCCGGUCUAGAACCGUGCAACGUUUCAGCUCAGUCCGUUCAGUAGUUUUUGCGCGGAGGGGUAACAAACAUCCACCCGUCCAAACAGACUUUCGCAUUCAUAAUAUAAUAGUAGAAUAUGUACUUAACUAAUAAUAGUAAUAAACGUUUUCGUUUCACGUGUAAUAAUGAUUUCCAGCACGACACGGCCGGCCAUUUCGAAAGAACAUUUCCGAUGACGCACAAUCAUCUCUCGGUCAAUUCUCAGGUAAAUAUCGCCAACACUGUUUCGGUAUAAUAUCUACGUGUUAUAUUAUGUCGGUACGAAGUCGCGUUUUAGUCACUGUCAGCAUAUAAUAUAAUAAUAUAUAUCGUAUAGGUUUUUAAAUGAUCGUCUCCGCUACAAUAUGUAUUUAUUUGGAUAAAUGGACAAAAUAUAAUAGUGAUAGCGUGUCGUAUAGACAAACGUUAAAGUAUCUUGAGGAAGAUUAGAGAUAAUUGAUGUAGAAAAAUUAUGAUAAAUUUAUAAAGAAAAAAAAUGAUUAGCGGCUUUUUUUCUCGGUAAAAAAAAAAAUUAAAAAGAAUUUUGUUUAUUGUCUGUAUUGUAAAACUAAAUGGCCAAAAUAGUAAAAGCGUACCAGAUUUCAAACAAGGCCCUGUGAUUGAUGUGACUUAAUAUAUAAUAAAACCAUUAGUACCACCAAAAAAAACUAUAAAAAUAUUUUCUAAACAACUUAAGGUAUACAUAUUGUGAGACGACCGACGAUUGCGUUGUACAAAUCAAUUUUUUCCCCGUGCGGGGAAUUUGAUUUUUAAAUUCAAAACACCUUUAAAGGACAUUUUAUUCCCCUCGACGUAUUUUUUUUAAAAAAAAACUCUUAAAAAAAUAAAAAAACGUAAUUCAUCUUUCGCGGAGGGGGGGGGGAGCGAUAUUAUAAUAAUAUAAUACUCUGCAGUAAAUAUUAUAUAGUACAGCUGGGGGCGUUAACGUUUUAAACACGGCUCUGAUUGCGGUCUGCGAUAUAUUAUGUUUAUAAACUUUGAACGUGACCCUGUUUUUUUUUCAUUUUUUUUUUUUUCUUAAGGGUGGACACACCUUCGGGUAUAUAAUAUACGUUUUGAUAAAUUUCCUUUUUCGUAAUAUGCGUGCAAAAAAAAAAAAAUAUAUAUAUAUAUAUAUAUAUAUAUACGUAUAUAUUCACGUGGGUUCCACAAUUUAUUAUAUUAUUUCGUUAUUAUAUUAAAACGGAUGUUUACACAGAAUAUUAUACGAUCGGUCGUGUUUGACUCUGACUCGCGCGCAUAUAACGUAUACGACGAAACGAUUUUUUCCGUGUCAUUCGUAAUUAUUUACGCUUUCGGAGUGUAAACGCGCCGUCGUCGUUCGUAUACAUAUAGUGAUUAUUAUUAUGAUAUUUAAAAAAAGGAAUUCCGUUUGGAAAUUAUAAUUAACUGGGCCCCUAGACGCAAACAGCGAAAUAUAUACGCGAACGUAUUACACACGGCAAUACGGUUGUCGGUUUGAAACCGUAAAUAAAACGGUAACCGGUAGGUUCCAACACGAACCUAAAAAACGGAAUACGAAUAUGCGAGUGUUUCUACGCAAGACAACAGCAAACACUACACCGAAAAAAAAAAAUUGGUCGUCUCAAAAGUACGGAUAUGUUGGUCUAUUUUUCUGUGUAUAGGAGCAAUCAUGUUCACGGAAAAAUAAAUAAAUAUUAACAACAAAAAACACGUUUCGUUCCCACUACUUCAAACGGACUUAGGAUAGAUAAUUUGUGAGGUUCGACAUUGUUAUUGGUCGCGAGUUAGAAAGCUAAUUAUUUAUAAGUCGUAUCUAAAUUACGAUGAUUAUCGACUUUUAAACACUUCGCAUGUAAUGAUCGUUUGGUUUUUCUCGAGAAAAACACUUUUCGCGGUUAGUAAAAAUCCUCCAAACCGUUCGCGUCGUACUUUAAAAGACGCAGAUUUUUCAUCCGGUGAUACUAUAUAAUGUAUGUACGAUUUUUCUAGACUUCCGACAAUAUUGUUGUUAAAAAUCAAAAGAAAAAUGACGACAGGUAUGCACAUCGGUUUCGUAUAUUUAUUGAUUUUUGGACGAUCUUGCAAGCUACAAGGGAAAUAACAAAUGGACAUACUUCGCACCAAUAUAAGUAGACCACUGUUGUGGGUGAAAAGUUGGGAAGCUAGAGGGAAAUUUAAUAUACAUCUGUACUCAAUAAUUAACCAUUGUUAACGAAAAAUGAUUCUAAACGGAAUUCGGUUAUAGGAGUUUUGAAAGCCCGUAAUAUUUAUAAUUUUAAAAUAAUACAUUUUCCCGGUUUUUCCUACGAUAUUUCAUUCAUUAUGAAAACUAGGAAAAUCAGAAAAUUACCUUCUUAAAGUAACAGCCCGGUUAGAUUUUCUUUCAGAAAAGGCGCUACACUUGAAUAUUCGAACAAAAUUUCUCGUAAAAAAAAUGUUCACAGAAAAAAAAAUAAAUAUCAUUUUAAAACCAAUACAUUUCUCGUUCCGAUCAGAAUCUAAAACACAAUUAAUACCAUACCUAGUAUCAGUUAAUCGAGUUCAGAAUAGUUUUUUAAUUUUUUUUUGCAAUAAUGUCUAAUUGAUAAGUAAGAUAUAUAUAUAUAUAUAAAAUCGUGUCGUGCAGAUGAUGAUUUAUUUGUACGUGUUACUUAUAAAUAUACAAAUUUAUCAACCAAGUUUUUUUUUUUUUUUACAGGUACCCGACUACUGCGGCGGCGGUCCGACACAGCAGCUGCAGGUCGCGCACGGUUAUUGACGGUGUAACCUUUGAAAUAAUACUUUUACACGGCGGACCUUUGCAACGGUUGGUGCUAAACGGCUCUAGUCAAUUCCAUUCGGAAGUUAACGAUGGAUUUUCAAAAAUAUUUCCGCCAGAACCCUUUUGAAAAAUGGACCUCACUCAUCACUAUUGCAUUCGCCGCGAAACCGUACCGUUUUCCGGACAAUGCGCGCACACGGCGGGGCCGGAAAAAAGUUUUGCAAUCCACGCACUCGAUGGAUAAUUUAAAAAAAAAAAAAAAAAAAGUAAAUUUUCAAUAAAUUAAUAAAACGACUGAAAAAAGUCGUAUAAUACCUGUCCGCUAUACUAUUAAUUUUCAAUCGGCGCCGCGGUAAAUUACAUUCAAUUGUAUAUCUAUAACAAUAAUAUAUUAUUGUGUACUUUUUAGACACACAUAAAUAACAGUAGUUAUCGGAAACGCAUCGGGGAGGAGUUACAACGUAGAGGGUAUGGGAACCUCCCCCCCCCUAACUGGCUCCACCGCUGUAUGCCGCCGGUGAACCUGGCGGAACACUUUCGCGCGCGUUGUCUUUUGUUUUAUUUUAUAUGUGUAAAAUUCUAAUCAAAAUUAUAUAGUAAAUUAUAAUAAAUUAUAUCGAACGUUAAUAACAAUAUAAUAGUUUAAUAUUAUAUUUUAUACGAUAGUUUACGAUACAUUGUGUACAAUAUUUAUGUGUGUGCAUGUGUUUUAUGAUUUUAAUAUAUUAUCUAUAGACG